GAUCCUACCAUCACAUAGGCCCGGCGUCCGGAGCGAUAAUCAGCGAAGAUGGUGGUGGUGGCGCGGGUGGCCGGUGGGUUGCUGCGCGCCCUCCUCUUCGGCGUCUUCGGGGCGGCCGGGACGGUGGUCGGCGCCGCGUACGGCCUCCUGUCUGGCUUCGUCGACGACGAGGACGGCUUCGCGCAGGGGACGCUGCUGGGAGCGCUCGCCGGAGCGCUCAUGUCCCUCGACCUCGCCCACUCCCUAAUGGCCAUAUGGGGUCACCGCCGCCAUGACGACCACUGCUCCCCCUUGGACGCUCACGCCGGGCGAAUCAAGCGCACCGUCGGCGCCGUUGUCCAACUCACGGCUCUCGCCGACCCGCAGUACUGCGGAAGACGAGGCGACAGCGCCGUCGUGGGCCUCGACCGGCCGGCAAGAUCGUCAAGCUUCGGCUUCUUUCCGCCGGUGGCCGUCGGUGCUGCAAGUGGCGGCUGCUGCCCCAUCUGCCUCCAGGAGUUCGAGGCCGGCGGCGAGCGCGCGGGGCGGCGGCUCCCGGCGUGCUCCCACGUCUUUCAUCUCGAGUGCAUCCGUAGCUGGCUCCUCCGCAAGCCCGACUGCCCCAUGUGCCGUCACGCCGUCCACUAGCUCUGUCCAGCGGCAAAGAGGUCAAUUUGUGAUUUCAGAUGUUUUUGGCGAUUUCAGUUCGUGGUCACCGUGUGUGCUUUUACUUGGGAGCCGCCACGUGUUACGUGUAUAUUGGUUCGUCAUAGCUACUAGUACUCCCUC